AUGACACCGCCAGCGAAGGAAGAUUCACAAGCUGAAAGUCACUUGUUUGAAUCUAUUUCCAAGGACAUAGUGGAUAUUCUCAUGAACGACGACAUAGAGGAGAAGUUGGGUACUUUUGUCGACCCCUUGGCUCUCAGAGCUACUGAGAAAUCAUUUUACGAAGUUCUAGGUAAGAAGUAUCCUCCCUCACCUACCCACCUCACUCUUUGCAAUCCUGUUGAAAAAUUUUCUUGCAAUUAUAGUAGUUCCAACAAUUUUAUUUUUCAGUCCACUUCUCAAAUGCCCUUCAGUUCCAAGGGGAUUUUUGAUGAUGGAUUGAUGAAGUCUUCUGUAACUACGCAUCCUUUUUCUAGUCCUUUAAGUAGCAACAGGGAUGAGUCCAUUUUAAUGCAGUUCAGAAAAAGGGAAGAGAAAGCUCACAAAUAUCUCCCGGUUGUUGAUUUUGACAGCCAUGAUCUAGUGGUAGAGAAGAAUGAUAGAGAAAAAGAGCAUUCAAAGUGCACUGCUAAUGAAGAUUCCAAGAAUAACCGAGCUAGUGGAUUGAUUGGUGGGAAAGAUCGAGUGAAAAAAAGAAGAAAUGAACUAGUGGAUUUAAGGGAUCUGCUUAUUAGUUGUGCAGAAGCCCUAGCUGCUACUGACAUUACGACUACAAAUAAACUUUUAAAGGAGAUUAGGCAACAUUCUUCUUAUAUUGGUGAUGCAUCUCAGAGGAUGGCACAUUACUUUGCCAAUGCUCUUGAGGCACGCUUGGCGGGUACUGGGGCUCAAAUUUGUGCUGACAUGUUUUUCGUGAGACCACCAUCUAUUGACAUGUUGAAAUUCUAUCGAUCUUUUUCCCUUGCCUGUCCAUUUGGAAGGAUCUGUUUAAAUUUUGCAAAUCAGCACAUUUUGGAUGUGAUUGAGAAAGGAACAAAACUUCAUAUUAUAGAUUUUGGUAUCACAUUUGGAUUCCAGUGGACCAUGAUUGUGCAAGAUCUCUUAGCUAGAGUUGGUGGAACUCCUAAUCUUCGCAUUACAGGCAUAGAGCCUCCUCAAGAUGGUCCUCGAACAGCACAAAGAAUCGAGGAAACAAGGCAUUGUGUGGAAAAAUAUUUUGAACAGUUUAAUAUCUCAUUUGAGUAUAAUGUUAUAGCAAAAAAGUGGGAUAGUAUUCAAUUUGAUGAUAUUAAGAUCAACAAAGAUGAGGUCAUUGCUGUGAAUUGUCUAUUCCAAUUGGAGAAUCGUCUUCCCGAUGACACAGUUGCAUUGAAUAGUCCAAGAAAUAUUGUACUAGACCUAAUUCGAAAAAUAAAUCCUAAAAUAUUUAUCCAUGCUAUUAGGAAUGGAUCUUUCAAUGUCCCCUUUUUUGUUAGACGGUUCCAAAAGACGAUAUACCACUAUUCUGCAUGGUUUGAUAUGAUGGAUAAAAUAUUUCCUCGUGAAAAUUCAUUUAGGUUGAUGUUUGAGCAAGAGAUGCUUGGGCAAGAGGUUGUGAAUAUCAUAGCAUGUGAGGGUUUAGAGAGGAUUGUGAGGUUUGAGACAUAUAAGCAUUGGCAAGCGCGUAAUACAAAUGCUGGAUUUAAGCAGCUUCCAUUAAGUAGAGAACUUAUGAAGAGAUUAAGAACGAAGAGGUGCUGGCUGGGCAGUGCUGAAGGAGCAGGGGCUAGUGCGUGGCUUCGGGACUGUUGCAGCAAGUUGCAGGCAGUUCUGGAGGAUCUGCUGCUGCCGGAGUUGAGGAUGCUACAGAGGAUGGAGGGGCUAGCCGAAGGUGCUGGUGUCUGGUGUGUGGAGUUGCCGGAGAUACAGAGGAAGAAAGGAAGGGGAGUCUUCAAGGGAGCUGCUGCUGUGCGCCGUGAAUUUGCAGAGGUGCUGGCUAGGCAGUGCUGGAGGAGCAGGGGCUGGUGCGUGGCUUCGGGACUGUUGCAGCAAGUUGCAGGCAGUUCUGGAGGAUCUGCUGCUGCCGAAGUUGAGGAUGCUAUAGAGGAUGGAGGGGCUGGCCGAAGGUGCUGGUGUCUGAGCUCUCGGCCUGCUGCUGGAAGGGUGGUUGUUGUCCUGGAGUCGCAGCUAGGCUGCUAUUCUGGCUACUGGAAAAUUGUAGCAAAUUGCAGAGGAGGAUCUGCUGCUGGCUGGUGUUGCUAUCCUGGGGCUGCUGCUGCUUCUUCGGGUGGCUAG